ACAGAAUCCUUCAAAACGGCUACCAUAACGAACUCCGCCUUAGCAAUGAGCCAGCUCGGCACCGUUUAUGCCACCAAACGGAGGCGACGCAAUGGCAAAAGUUUAAAACCACCACCCAAAGAUGGCGUCACAAAAAGCAAUCCCUCGAAACGGCAUCGUGAACGUUUAAAUGCCGAAUUAGAUUUAUUGGCGUCACUGCUGCCAUUCGAACAGAAUAUUUUAAGUAAAUUGGAUCGACUGAGCAUUUUAAGGCUGUCUGUUAGUUAUUUAAGAACAAAAAGUUAUUUUCAAGUUGUUAUGCAUAAGGAAAAGGAGGAGAAUGGUGGCAAUUCAGUUUUACCUCAUAUACACGCACACGAUGGCUAUCGGACACGAGAGUUGGGUGCCUUCGAGCAUGGUCUAUUAGAUGGUGAUAUGUUCCUGCAGGCCUUAAAUGGUUUUCUUAUGAUCCUCACCUGUGAUGGUGAAGUGUUUUUUGCCACACACAGUAUAGAAAGUUAUCUGGGGUUUCAUCAGUCUGACAUUGUCCACCAAUCUGUCUAUGAGCUGGUCCACUCCGAAGAUCGUGAAGAGUUGCAACGUCAGCUGCUGUGGAAUUCCUUUUUACCCGCUGAUAUGUCCAGUAUGCAAUUGGCAGAGACAUUGGCGCCCGAUAAGGCUCUCUAUUUGGAGCGCAGCUUCACAGUGCGGUUUCGUUGCCUUCUUGACAAUACAUCGGGUUUCUUACGUUUGGAUAUACGGGGGCGUAUAAAAAUUCUGCAUGGACAAAAUCGUAAAACUGAAGAACCUCCAUUGGCGCUAUUUGCCUACUGUACGCCAUUUGGUCCCCCGAGUCUACUGGAGAUUCCUCACAAGGAGAAUAUGUUUAAAUCGAAACAUAAGCUGGAUUUCUCAUUGGUUUCGAUGGAUCAAAGAGGCAAACACAUUUUGGGUUAUAGCGAUGCUGAACUAGUCAAUAUGGGUGGUUAUGAUCUGGUGCACUAUGAUGACUUGGCCUAUGUGGCAAGUGCCCAUCAGGAACUUCUUAAAACUGGUGCUUCCGGCAUGAUUGCCUACCGAUACCAAAAGAAGGACGGUGAAUGGCAGUGGCUGCAGACCAGCUCCCGUUUAGUUUAUAAAAAUUCCAAACCCGAUUUUGUCAUUUGCACCCAUCGUGUGCUGAUGGAUGAAGAAGGUUUCGAUUUACUGGGCAAACGGACAAUGGAUUUCAAGGUUAGCUAUUUAGAUACGGGUUUGGCUUCGACAUAUUUCUCCGAGGCUGAUCAAUUGGUGGUGCCACCAAGUGGUUCACCAAAUUCUCUACCACCUCCGGUGACACCAACCAGACCCAACAGGCGCUACAAGACCCAGCUGAGAGAUUUCUUGUCAACCUGCCGUUCAAAACGUAAAAUGCAGCAGCAGAACCAACAGGGUUCGCCACUGGGGCAGGUCACCUCCCCUGCUCCCGUUGUGGAAUAUCUUCCAGAUCCUGCUGCCGCGGUGGCAGCUGCCUAUUCUAAUUUAAAUCCCAUGUAUACAACCUCGCCAUAUGCCACAGCGGCAGAUAAUAUUUAUAUGGGCACUUCGGUGCAUUCCACUAAUUUCUAUCCGGUUACCGAAAAUCUCUUCCAUCAAUAUCGUUUACAAGGUGUGGGUGGCUAUUAUGCCGACUAUCAUCAUUCGGCGGCCCCGGCCUCUGCAUAUGUGGCCGCCAAUGGUUUCCUGUCCUAUGAUGGCUAUGCCAUUACCUCCAAAGAAGAAAAAUGGCAGGAUACAGGGAAAUAUUAUAGUGGUUAUAGCAGUGGUUAUGGUAGUCCCACAUCUACGCCACAGCAAGUUCCUCUAAAAACGCCAAAGUCUUCUCCCCAUGUCAUGGAAGUUGUCUCCUGUUCAUCGAAUGGCCCCUCACCUGUCUCCGGUGCCAUUGUCAAUAAUUUAAAUAAUCCGCACAGUGGUUCGACGUCGAACGGCCCAGCAGUUAUCACACCCAAGGUUGAAAUGGCCUCUCAGGACCAAUACGAACGUCAAACUGUCCUCAUGUGGGGUUCCCAGUCCAGUGGCAUACCCAUCAAUACCAUACAAGCUUCCAGCACUAAUUCCGCCACAAAUCAUCGUCACCUCUCCAGCAAUACGGAACGUUCUCCACAAACUACCCCCCUUUCGAAUGGUCUCAGCUAUGCCAAUGAUCCCUCAGAGGCUACGGCCAAAUGGAAUGGUUCCGCAAGCAAGGAUAAUAAAAGUGCUUCCACACCGGAUAGUUAUCAAAUGCAUCAUGAUGAUUCAGGUCUUUAUUCGGCCUCAUCGCACACCACCUCGCCACAGCAUCGUUUGAGUAGCAGUGGGAGCAGUUCAGGAGGAGCGGGAAGCGGUGGCUCUACUCUGGCCCAUAAUACGGUGGCUGAAUCAUCACUUUCGUCCAACACCACCACCACAGCACCACACACUCACAACAACACAAUACACUCAAAGAUUGUCUCAGGCAAUACAACAACCGCAGCGGCGGCAGCACCACCACCUCCACAUGCACCCUUGGCAACUGCAACUGUUAGCGAUGGCUCUACAUCCUCCUCUACUCUGCAACAAACCAAUAGCCAUACACAUUUACAGAAUACCGUUCAUCAGCAUCAUACCUCACCAUCAUCGCAUCCUGCCCAUCCGCACCACCACCAUCAUCAUCUACAUGCGAAUCAUGGGGCAACAGCACAUGCGCAUUCUCAACAACCCUCUCAAAGCCAUAGUGCGGCUGUUUCACCCCAUCACCAUCAUCAGCAGCAGCAACAACAACAUCAUUCCCAUUCAGCUCAUCAUCAUCACCACCAUCAUCCUCAUGCCGCACAUCAUCCCCAUCAUCAUCAUCACCACCAUGCUGCGGGAACAGUGGUGGCCAGCAAUCCAACAGCAACAACCCUUUCCUCCGCAGCUGCUGCUGCUGCCGCUACUACUGCUGCAACCAAUGGCAGUGAGGUAUGGAGUCCAGCGGCAUCAUAUGCCACCCAAUAUGCCUCACAAUAUUUCUCUUAUCAUCCGCACCACCAUCACCACCCCUCGCAUCACCAUCAUCACCAUGCAGCGGUGCAUCAUCCACUGCAUGCUGGCAGUGGCAGCAUUUCAUCGACGGCGGCACCAACAUCUCUCUCAGCACCACCACCACCAACAACAGCACUUGCCACACAUCCACAACCAACACACAUAAGUAGCAGCACUCAUUCAGAUGCAGAUACGGAUUAUCCUAAACAUCCACUUUCAACCACUGGCAGCCUUUCUAUCAUGAUCAGCCAACAGUCACAACAACAACAACAGCCACAUCAACAACAAGUAUUACAACUCAGUCCAUACAAUCAUCAUUUACAACCAUUAGUCACCUUGGCAGGAUCAUCUGUGGUUAAUUGUAAUAAUGCCAUUAUAACUAGUGGAGCAGCAGCAGCAGUAGCGGCAUCGGCCAGUUCUUCGCCAUCGUGCAGCUCACCUCCCCUACAACAGUUGCCAGCCAUAAGUAGUGUUAUAAAUGGUCUGAACGGAGGUAAUGGACCAAGUACCAUCAUUAGUAGUAAUCAUAAUGGUUCGCUAAGUUCGCCUGGAUUGACAAUGACAUCGACGGCUACACCCUAUCAUCAAUUGGCCAUAAUAGCAUCACCAAUUGUCAUAACGUCGACUACAUUGGAUAAUCCUACGGAUUUGGGUAGUCAAGGUGGUGUGUCUUUGCAGUCGCUGGGUACCAGUGGUACUCUAUAUCCCUCAUCGUAUAAGACAAGAAAUGCUACAACAACUGCAGUAAUGCAUCCAUCAGCAUCGGCUGCUGCCUUGGCUUAUGCCACAAAUGCCUAUGUCAUUGGUGCCGGACCAGGGCCGACAUCGUGUGCAGCCACCGCCACUUUGAGUGGCUUGGAGCAGAAUAUCGAUGGUAGUCCGCUGCUGUCGUUUUCCGAGGUCACCAAUACCCUAUUGAAUCAAUAAGGUAAA